AUGAAGUUCGGUAUCGACAGACCAGAAGGCCUGCACGACACGCCUCGUGAGGUUUUGAAUUGGAAGCUCUUUUGGAGCACCGCUGUAUUUGGCCUUCUUGGUGCUAGCCGUGGCCUCGACGAGGGAUUGGUCGGUGGCAUGGUUAGCCUGCAAAGCUUCAAGGACGAAUUCCACUUGAAUGCAGGAUCCGCAACCCACCAGGCCAGUGUUCUCUCCAACAUUACGAGCAUGGUUCAGCUCGGCAGUAUUGUUGGUGCCUUCCUAGCGUUCUUUCUCUGCGACCGGCUUGGCCGUAUUCGUACUCUCCAAACUCUGUGUCUGCUAUGGCUCGUGGGCUUCAUCAUCGUCGUUGUAAGCCACGGUAACGUCCCCCAGAUCCUCGCGGGUCGUUUUAUUGCUGGAUUGGGGAUUGGGAUGACUACAGUUGUCGGUCCCAUGUAUAUUGCUGAGGUCGCCCCUAGGAGUGUCCGUGGUAUGUUGACCAACAUAUUCGCCGGCUCGGUCUACCUGGGGGCCACGAUUGCUUUCUUCAGCAACUGGAGGGCGUCAGUGAAUCUUUCAAAUAAUUCACGUUGGCAGUGGGUUGCACCACAAUUUGCGCACAUUGGGUUCGCGGCCUUCUUCCUCGUGCUAUCUUUCACUAUCCCCGAAACACCGAGGUACUACACAAUCCAGGGAAAGCACGAGAUGGCAGAAAAGGCACUCGGAAAUCUCCGAAACUUAGAUACCAGUCACCCAUACAUCCAAGCUGAAAUCAUUGGUAUCCGAAAUCAACUCGAGCGAGAGCAGGAGGCGUCCCGCGGUGUCUCCCGAUGGGGUAAGCUUCGUGAGCUUCUUUUGAUUCCCGCGAACCGAUAUCGUCUCAUGCUCGGUGUCAUGUCCCAAGUUCUGGGUCAAUGGUCGGGCGCCAACUCCAUCACAAUCUAUGCAACACAGUUUUUUGGGGUCGUUGGCAAGUCUGGCGAGUCGGAGAAGCUAUUUGCAAGCUGUAUUCUCGGUAUCGUGAAAAUGGUCUCUGCCUACCUCUGUGCAUUCUUCUUGAUCGAUUUCAUCGGUCGUCGCCGGUCCUUAUAUAUGGGUAUCUCUUUACAGACGAUCUCCCUGAUGUAUAUUGCGAUAUAUCUUGGCGUCGUUGGUUCGGAAACUUUGGCCUCUGGCAAGAUGACCCCUUCUCAACACCAGGGAGCCGUCGGCUCAAUUGCCAUGAUCUACCUCUCAGGUGUUGGAUGGACCAUGGGAUGGAACUCAUUCCAGUACCUCGUCAAUGCUGACAUCUGGCCUCUUCGCCUCCGUGCUUUGGGUAGCUCUCUGGUCAUGUGCCUGCAUUUCCUCAACCAGUUCGGCAACACAAAGGCGGUUCCAGACAUGCUUCUUGCAUUGCAAAGCUACGGAUUCUUCGCUUUCAGUGCGGCUGUCAGUUUGAUAAGCCUUAUCUGGGUUUGGUUCUUUGUGCCGGAACUCGCAGGGCGAUCCCUCGAAAGCACCGACAGCUUGUUCUCGCUCCCCUGGUACCAGGUUGGCCGACAGGGCCAUAAGCUUGCGCCAGAUACAGAUACUCUUCAGAUUCACGAACAUGAGAAGGACGCGUCGGCAAUCGAGGCACAGCACAUGGAACAUGCUCGGUAG